GUCUUAAACGGUGAUGAUGGUGAACUUGGUGUUUUGCCAACGCAACUCCCUUUUGGGCUAAACACGUUUCCGUCGUCACGACGACAAUCAAAGCUUAUCUUAUCAGCAACCACUUUCCCCCACCUUAUUUAACCGAGCUUUCCCCGUCAACGCCGCACAGCGUCAUCGGGCCCGCCACAGCCAGGCAAAGGUGAAGCCGAAAAGAGCUACCUCUGAAUAACACGUGCAACCUCCAUUACGUUACGUUUGCCAUUCCACCUCGAAAGCCUCCUGAUCCUGACCAAGAUAAUUGAUACAAAGACUCCUAUUCCUCCUAUACAGAAUACACCUUUGCGUUCUUUGUCCUCGAGGACUUGUCUCAAAAUGGUUACCGAACUACCAUAUGCGCUCGAUGCCGAGACGUUAGUCCUUUGCUUUGAAUAUACGACGAUUUCUAUAUCCUGACUGACGGCGACAGACCGCUGAAUGCCUCUGAGCUUAAUGUACUAAAAGCGCAAUACGAGCGCGAGGGUGAGAUGGUUGGCGUCCAGACCAAGUUCAACUACGCCUGGGGCCUCGUCAAGUCCAACCAGCGAAACGACCAGCAGCUCGGCGUGCGUCUUCUCUCGGAUAUCUUCCGCAUCUCCCCCGAACGUCGCCGCGAAUGUCUCUACUACCUUGCCCUUGGCAAUUACAAGCUCGGCAACUACGGCGAAGCGCGUCGGUACAACGACCUCCUUCUUGAUAAGGAGCCCGCCAACCUUCAAGCAUCCAACCUACGCCAACUGAUUGAUGACAAGGUUGCCCGCGAGGGGCUGAUGGGUGUUGCUAUUCUGAGUGGUGUUGGUGUUGCGGCCGGUGUUGUGGGAGCAUUUAUUCUGAGGAAUGCUAGGAAGAGGUAGAUGACGAUACUGCUAAGGAGGAAAACGUGUAGGGACAUAUAUUGCAUGGGCGGUUUCGGGGACACUUUACUCACUCUUCACUAUAACAUCUGGAUUGGGCCCUCUUGGAGUCUUGACAUUAUGAGAUAUGCUUGCACUACAAAAUAAAGCGACCAUUACUACAUACGUUAACCCAUUUUAUAUAAGUUUAUCAUUAAUCACCCUAAUUCCAUCGCGAUACUGAGGUGACAGACAGGGCAUCGGCUAUUGGAAAGCCACAUUCGACAAGGUAGUACAAAUUUGCUACAUGUCUUGCUACGUGAUGAUUUUCACAUGUCAACGUCACAGACAAAGGUGUUGGAACAAGAAAGCUAGACAAAUAAAACAAUGUUAAGGAAACCAAGAACAAGCCAGCUAAGAAACAAACCAAAGAGACGACGCAUCACCAUCUAGGGAAUAUCAUCUAUCGAGACAUA